GUAAUGUUUUGGAAUGUGCUGCGUUUUUAAGUAGAAUAGAAAAUGGAUCGUUUAACUGAAAUGUCGGAGCAAAGACGAAUUAUUGAAGAAAAAAAACAAGAAAUAUUAAGAAAAGUGGCUGAAAAAAAGAGGAAGAAAGAAAUGGAAGGAUUGUCAACAACUUCGAAUAUUGUGACAUCUUCAAACAAAAGUUUUCCAGUAAAAAUACCACGAAUAUCAUCAACAAAUCAAUUUAAAAACGACGGUAGUUUUCUGGACCAGUUUAAGAAACUACAAGAGGGUAAUUCCUCAGCAUCUGAUGCAUCAGUGCAGUCAACAUCUUCUAAAGGUGGAAUUGUGAUGAAAAUUCAGCCCCCUGUAAG